UUUCACUAGAGCGUGGUUCUAAACUUCUUUCUGUGCUCCUCAUAGCUAAGUCUCAAUGCUCUUGCAGUCGAUUUCAAUACAUAUCUCUCACGUCGUUGCUGUGCUUUGUCCUUGGAGGGCGGAUCAGGGGCGCAUCGGGAAGAGCGUGAAGACCACCGGUUGGUGUCAGAGUCCAGACCGGAUCUGCUACGCCGUAUCGGCAAUUGGCGACGAGGGCGACUACAUGUAUUAUCAGGACAGAGUUGGGUGUGGAAAGCUCCAUGGAUCCCCUUCGUUGAUUCGCUAGGGAUGGCUGGAAUGAUCCAUCGAACAAUUGCGGGAGCGGCACGCGUGUCAUGCGCGUCAAUCGGUGAUGGAACUUGGAUUUGAUGGCCGCCCCGCGCAAUCUUCUGAAUUCACUUGUUACGAGACUUUCAGGCGGAUAGGCAUUAGAGCUUGCUUGAGCUCGUGAAUUCCGCUGAGACUCUCAGAUCUAACGCCACUCAUAUGUACCGCUCGCAUACGAGACUGAUCAAAG